UGGUGUUUCUAUGGCUCUCAUUGUUGUUUGUGGUCACAGAAUGAAAUGAAGAAGAUUGACCAGUCUUUAUGAUAGUAUUAACAGUAGUGGGAAAACAAGGUGAUGAGGGUGUUGUGUGUAAAGGAGAAUGAUACUCAGGAAGGCUUCGUGUGCUUUUGGAAGUGUGUGAGCGGUUGUUACAUCCCGGCUGCCCACACCUUGGAAGUUGAUUUAUUCUUGGGGUCACAGUUGCCCAGGGGCUGUAUAUACUGACUUCUUGGAUUGGUUCCAAGUUAGUAAAUUUACCUCCGGUUACGGACCACCGUAACGUAAGUCGGAAUGUACAAUUUUUGGGGUCGACCUUUUCUAACACCGUCUUUUCAGAGUGGAGAGAAAACAUAGCUGACAUGCUGGCGGUCUGAGGGAAACACCUUACUACUGUUAAAUCCCUGUUUCCCAGCAGUACGACAUCGCUCACUGACCCUCAGCAUAGUGUAAAAAAAAUUCUUACAAUGUGCCGGUAACUUCUUUUAGUCAAAUCACUAUGCUAACAACCCUCCUGGCAUUGUAGGACCUGCAGGAACAAUAGUUCCAGCCAGUGUAGCUUGUUGGGUCAUAGCAAUGUGCAAGCGCGACCACCACGUCAAGGUAGCAGCUAUCGGUCGGGACAUUCUCGUAAACCAAAUAUUGUUAGACAGAGUGCAGUUUGAGUUCAUGGGCUAUUGAAGUAAAGUCAAGUAUCUAAACCACUAAAUUACAGUUGCGUUGGUGUGUGCGUUUUCGGGAUCAUUGAGAUGUAACUAUUGACUAAAGGCUUUUGAUGAUUGUAAAUAUUUAAUAAUUGGUAUUCCAAAUAUUUUAUUGAUCCUUAUUUACUUUAUUUUAUCAUAUUUAUUUCGUUUUAUGUAAUCUUGUGUCGUGUAGCUGACAGUCAACCUAUGCUGCUUCAUUAUUUGAUCUUAUCUUUAUUUUACUCUCCGCUGACUACUCACCUCCUUGUUAGUGUGAAGUGUGACAGGCUGAAACGAUAAACUGUUGUAUGACGCAUAUUCUGGCCUAAUUCUUAAUUCUGCCACAGUACUCAAGUUCUGUUCUUCAUUCUGGUCCGUUUGCUUGAUACAUGAAUCGGCAAACUAUCAGUAUCGUUUUUCAGUAUCACAGAAAGAAGUGUUUAUUAACUAAUUAUUUAUUUCAAUCUGCCAACCAAGUUAAUCUUUUCAGAGUACUUAUCACUAAAAGAUUCUUCUUCUCAUUUUUAGGGGAAUGACAAAAUCGAAAAAAAAGGUAUUAAAUUACAAAGAAUUACGAAAACAACAACUGCUUGAAGACAAUGAAAAAGAAGAGAAAAUUAUCAAACAGCUCUCAAAAAAGUUGAAAAUGAAUCGUAAGAAUGUAAAUAAAAAGAAAAAGAAAACAGAAAAAUCACCACUUUGGUUAACACAAUGCGGAUUCGACUAUAUAUUGGAUUUUGAGAAACAGAUGAAUGUGGUGAAUACUAGUGAGGAGAACGAUACCACUCUAUGCACUACUGUUGGUGUAUUACCUGAAAAGAAAAAAAAGAAAAAAACACUUGACUUGUACGGACAAAAUACAUCAGGCGAUAAUGCUGCUUCAAGUAGUGAUAAUAGUGAUGACGACCAGCCAAUGGAUGAUGUAUUGAAUGAACAAGGCAACAGUUCAGAAUUAUGUGACAGUGUUGUGAAUCAAGAAGAUGAAGAAGACGUAGAAGACGAGGAGGAGGAGGAGGAGGAUAUUUCAAUGAAUAGUGACAAUGAGAGUUUAUGCAAAUCUAUACGAAAUUCUUUAAAUCGUUUAUCGGAAUCACAAAUGUCCAAGAUUAUUACUGAAUUGUGUGGAUUGUUCACAAAGUAUCCUCGUGCUACUGUUCGUUCCUGCAUUAUUGAAGAAGCAUGCAAUUUAAUUGAAUGUACUCAAGUAAAUCGAAAUUCCAAAAUGGGGUGGUUACAUCAAGAAUUAGCUGUUUGUCUAACUUGUGUUCAGUUGUCAUUGUACAGUUUAUUUCAAUCUGCACCUUUGAUUGGUUAUUUGAUUGAAUCAAUAAUUUUUCGACUUUUCCCGCAAAAUCAUGGAUUACAACAACAGUCAUCAAGUGUAAUUAUAUCCUAUUCCGUUUUCUUAGCUUAUUUAUAUCGUUUUGGAAUUAUUUCAGGUACUUUAAUCUUAGAUAUUUUAAAAGCAUACCUAUGUGACUGUGAUUCUGGAAAGGUUAAAGCUGGCCACUUCAUGGCUAUCGCUGUUGGUGUAAAUCUACGAAAAUUUAAUCUGAACAGAUGUCAAGAAAUCAUUCAUCAAGCAAAUGAUCAACUUAUCAAGUGUAAAUCUGAAAAAUCUGAACUAUCAUAUGAUUUAGAGGGAUUAAUUCAACGUCUGUCAGAGAAACGUUCAACAGAGGAGUGUGUUACACGCUCCAUGCAUUUGCAAAAACUUAUGAGAGUAUGGACUAAAGGAUUGUCUAUCACCGAUGAUAUGUGUUUGUCUGUUGGAUUGGACGAUCUACUGAAUUCUACAUCAACUGGCCGCUGGUGGUUAGUCGGUUCAGCGGUUAAUCGACCAUUGGAUAUUCCUAUGGUUAAGUCACAGGAAGAGGAAAAAUUGAAGAUUUCCACCAAUCCUGAAAUUGCAGCUGUUGCAGAAAAAUUGGGUUUACGUACUGCUUCACGUCAAUUGACGUUUAACAUUUUGGUCUCUACUCCUGGUGGCCCAGAUGCCACAGCUUCCGCACUACUGAAAGCUUGUCAUACUUCUGCAAAUUCUCCUGGUGUACAUCUUGGAGCAGGUGCUGUAGCCGCUCGAGAAAGAGAAAUGAUUCACGUUGUGCUGCAUUGUGUUAUGUCUGAGAUGCCUUUCAAUCGCUUUUAUCCACGGGUCUUAGGUGGCGUUCUUAACUGUCAUCGACGAUUUUUGAUGAUGAUAAAAUGUGGCUUUUGGGAUGUAUUAAACAAUACUAAUCUAACUGUAGAGGCUAAAUCUAAUGCUGGUCGCGCUUUAGGCUUAAUAUGUCUUGUUUAUAACUUUCCACUUACUGUAUUAAAGAAUUACAAUUUCGGUGAUAACAGUGAAGGGAAUAUUGCAUUCUUAAAGCAUACCCUUAUGGAAUUGUGCACUGGUGAAUAUCAAAAUGUUUUAGCUAAAUUAAUGCAAUUGUCAGUCUAUACAAGACUUUCUCGAAAUUGUCGAAUAUUUAUGCGGAAACACUUUAUCAAUGUAACAGAUGACACUAAAGUUGAUGUAAAUACAAAAGCAGUCAUUGUUAAACUUGUUACAGAUAUGCGUGAAGCAGAAUCAUUUUAAAAAUUCUUUUCCUAUCUGCAUUUGUACAAUUCUCUUAUGUAGAUUUUAAUCCUGUAUUUUCAUAUAUUUACUCACAUAAAAAUAAUAUUGAGUUUUCAGACCUUAGUCAUUUGUCUUCAGUACAUCAGAAAAGAUUACUCGGUUGACAAGUAUCAUGGAGUAGUUAUUUCCAACCUGAUUACUAACUUUAUUCAUGGAAAAUUCCAAAACAAAUGAUUCAGCGAAGAGACUCUUUUCAACGAGUUUAUUGUUGUUAUCAAGCUGUACAAUAGUAUAUAUAUGGG